AUGCCCCCAGGGGUCCUCCUAGGUGACGGGACGCCCCCAUUGGGCCUCCCAAGGAAGGAGUGCCCCCAGGAACCUCCCAGAGAUGGUGGCACCCCCAGGGGGCCUGUUAGUGGGCUUUCUAGGAGCGGGGGCGACCCAGGGGGUCUUUCAGGGUCGCCUUUGCCCCCAGGUGGCCUCCCAGAGGUAGGGUUGCCACUAGGGGGCCUCCCAGGAUCAAGGGCACCCACACGGGGCUUUUCAGGGGCCUCCCAGGAGCAAAAGACACCACCAAGGGGCAUAGCAGGGGCCUUCACGCCUCCAGGGGGCUUUCUAUUAGCAAGGGACGCCACCAAGGGGCUUUGCAAGGGCGGGGGCGCCCCCCGGGGACCUCCCCAUGGCGAGGGUGCCGCCAGGGGUCCUCCCCGUGUCGUAGAUGAGCCCCACGGGACCUCCCACGGAAGGAGCGCCCCCAGUGGACCUCCCAGUGACGUCGACACCCCUAGGGGGGCCUCCCAGCAGGCUUUCCAGGAGCGGGGGUGCCACAAGGGGGCCUAUUACUCCGACUGGCUCUCUGGGACUCCAAACACUUAUGUUGUUCCUGCGCUCGAAACGUUCCUGUUGUUCCUCCUCUCCCUUAGCAGUAGGUUUGCUAGUUGCCGUCUCUUCAACAUACUUCUUCAGAGUCCCAAGCUGGUGUAG